GGAAGAGGUACAAGAGCAGUGUAGUGAGCACAGACAUGCUUACUAUUACAUUCCAUAUUGAAAAGCUACGGCAUCGAGAGUCACACCCCAUAGUCGAGAAGCAAAACUAGCAUGUAUUGACGCUGAUCAAUCUAAUUCGCAUCCUUGUGAGAUUGGAAUUGAUUGAAAUUGAAUUGAAGUGGAUUGCGAUUGCGAUUGCGAUUGAAAUUGCUAUUUAAAUUCGACUUGAUUCGGUUGUUCGUUCCCUCGUUGUUGUAAUUACUCCCAUUGAAGCUGGCAGUCGGAAGUUUGUCCUAAAAGCAGCUGGAAAAGUUGAGAGAAUUGGUCGACAAAACGCUGCCAAAGAAAGAGUGUGCGAAAAAGUGUUUAUCGAAUUGAACUGACUGGAAUUGAAAUUGAAUGGAGGAAAAGGCAAUCGAAUUGUAAUAACUUGAACUGAAUUGAAUCUCAAUUCGUUCAUUCUCGACAAUGCCGAAUAAUGUCUCGAAGAACAAUUACCAGGAGCAGAGGCAACGAUCCAAAGCCGGUGCUAGAGUUUUCAAAUCGAAAAAAGAGUCAGAACAAGAGAAGCUUCGUCGUCUCGAAAAACAGUUGGCAAAAGCAUCCGACUUGGAGGAUCAACUAGGUGCUCUCAUGAGCACGAACAGCAAAGCCCAAGGCGAUGACAACAAACCCUACAGACUUCGAUCCCACCUGUGCGAGGUCCUCAGCGAUGUCUUGAUUUCCAGCCCGAAGCUUUCACUUGAAAAGGAUUGCUUUCAGCGCCUCUGGAGAUGUUGUUUUUACAAUCCGAUCCGGAUCUGGAGGCAGCGGGUCUCGAGAGAGAAACGCAAGCGCUCUCCAAACCUCACCACCACCCAGGAAGGAUUCAAGAACUUCUUGUCAGAGGCAGUUACUCUGUAUGACUUCUUGAUCCUUCAGUACCUUUCCAAGCUCUGUCCUUCCAGUACUCAGCAGGAUUGUAGCAUGACCCAACAAUCGAAAGAUACAUACACUACUUACGACAGAAGUCAGCUGGAGGACACUCAGUACGCAUCUCAAUCGACAACCGCAAUUAUUGCCGAACCAGCGGAACAAGUUGAAGGUGUCGUCCACGGCUUGUACAAGCUUUACAUCUUUAUGGGAGAUCUACAUCGCUACGCGGAAGCAUACAACAAGGCCGAAAGCAACUACUUAAAUGCUUCCAAGCUCGGCCCGGGCCUUGGAAACCCCUACAAUCAGCUCGCCGUCGUGGCCUUUUCGAAGGAAACCUACUGUGUUGCCCUGUACUGGUAUGCCCGGUCUCUCUUGGCGACUCACGAACGAUUCUCGACCUCCUCCAAUAAUCUCGAGCGUCUCUUUGCGUCGAACCGUGAAUUCCUCCGAGAACACGGGCGGAAUUCUGGUGUGCCCAUGGUGCUGUCCCAAGCUUCUGUCGCCAGCAGUCACAAAGGCAGCGGCAAGAACAAGAAUAUCAAAACCAACUCAUCCAACAACAAGAACAACAGCAUGCUACGUGCACAAAAGGUCGCUGUGAGCAAGUCCUGCUUGACACAUUUUGUAGACUUGCACUAUGAUUUGUACUUACUCAAGCAACAACAGUCAUCGAAAAAUACGAACUUAAAAGUUUUGGAUUCCAAUUACCAUGAUCAAUCGCGAAAAAAUAUCAGAAACGUGACGGCGUCGUUGAAAUCUUUGGUGCAGGCUUCCGGGUUCAGUGAUUCUCUGCUUUGCAAGAUUGUGGUCAUCAAUUCGUUUUCGUUGGAAAGAGCCAUCGAUUGCCCUGAUACGGAUGCUCUGGGCGGAACUGUCGAAAACUUGCCGUUGGAGUUGGGGAAGGAGUUGUUUUACUCACUGGGUUUGGUCUUGGCGGAACACACUGAGGGUCUCUUGGCCAAAUCGUUAGAAAAGGCGUCGAUGAACAAAGUAGCACCAUCGGUACGUUGCUUGCUUCCCCUAGAAAUGAUGUUAGACUUUUGCAAUCUUCGCCUGAUCCAAAAUGGAGAAAAACUCCAUGAUGAUCAAAAGCCGGCGGAAAUUGAAUUUUGGAAACGUGUUUCGCAGGUAGCAAAUCAGGUUCGCAACGUUCUUAAAGGCUACCAAGUUGUCCAUGGUGGCACCAAAGAUGACAGCAAAGGUAGAAUCAUUGGGGGCAGUAGCACUCCUCACUGGACAAGAAUCAAGGAAUACCAGCUUCUCAAGGGUUAUCGUCCAUUUUCUAUUGUGAACGAGGAAUACCUAUCAAAUGAAGAUGGUUUGCUUGAUGCGAUCGAGGCCGUAGAUGUUUUAGAGCUCACGGCUCCUUCUCAAUCGCAAGAUACGUGCGCGGCAUCUACCUUGAGUACCUCAGGAGGUGGCGGCGGGGGGGCUCAAGAGAAUGUAGCCAGGUUAUUUCGAAUGAUCGAAGUUUGCGACGAACUCGCAUCUGCAAAUUCGUUGGCCCCUCUGACAUCGGAAAAUGGUACUUACAACUAUCAACAAAAAAAUUCUUCUUCCUCUCCUGGAGAAUCCUUGGGUGAUAGUGACAAUAACCAUAUCAACCAAGAGGAAAUCGAGUCACAAGAAGAAAAUUGUGGUUUCGUUGGCGAUGACGAUGACGACGAAGCUGGUGACCUGAUCAUCUCUACUGAGAAUAGAAAGGAAACUCCUACUAACGGUGCUCCACCGCAAACAAUGAAUCGUGAUGGCAUCACGAUUGCACCUCUCUCUUCGACUGACGUAAUAGAGAAGCCGAAACCCCCACUUCAACCUGUGGAAGAACCUGAGAAUGGAGAUGAUGUGGUCAUGGCGGUUGUGGAGGAGGAGAAAUCAUCGAAUCCAGUUAUUCCCUCCAUGCUAAAACCUCCUCCUGGCUUCGGAGUUGCUCCAACGCAGCCUGCACCAAAUUACAGUGAAACUACGGUGAAUGACAAGCAUAUGACUGCAAUGACCACCAAUCCAACAACAAAUGUCACUGGUUUUGCUUAUCCGCCUGUAGCUUCGCAUGGUCUAGAUGCCCUCGAUAAAGUCAUGCAAGCCAAUGCCACUGCAGCAACUUCUUCAUUUUUAUAUCAAAUGCCUCAACAACAGCAACGUUCCGUCGAACCGGUCCCUAGCUUGAUGGAAAGGUCUCUUUACCAAAACUCACCCUAUCCGUUGGAGACUGGUCGUUCAAAUUUACCAACCAGCGUAGAGGAGUCAACUCUUAUAUUUGGCGACAUGCGAACUGCAAAUCCCUUUGCGAUGGAAAUGCCCCCCUCGUCAUUUUCCGUUUCGAGUAACAACACCCGAAUGACCCGCAACAUUCACCAUGGGAAUCCCGUAUCUUCGAUAAUUCCAGAUUUUGCCGCCGAAGUUACAAAUGCUCCGGAUGACACGAAAUGGCUGAAUUCCAAUCUGCUGAAUAGUUUGUUCAUGGAGGAUACAAGCAAAACGAGCAAUCCUUGGGCAAGCAAAUGAAGGAAUGAGUCCCGUUGUGCUGAUGGAUAUCAUCAAAAUACCACCCGCGAUGUUAUUUUAGCUUCUUGAGUGAAACCAGGCAGAUUUUGAUUCGUGCCUCCUAUUACGAAGCGAUAUCAAGUAUUGAUUCGUGCUCAGUUGAAAAUCAUCAGAGCCCACUUUGAAAUCUUCAAUUAUGUAUGGACUUCACAACAAGCUGCAGACGAACAAAAUUUGAGGGUCUGCAAACCAGAGCAUUCAAAAACUUAUUCAAUUUGAGAGAGAGUCAUAUCGAUAACUCCCUCCCGUCUCGCGUGAUUUUUUCAUUAUUUUAUCUUUGAUGAAAAACUUAGGACAAUUGAUGUUCAGUCACCACAUAGUUUACCUCUGGAUAUAAAUGCCAUAUUAUGAA